AUGGCGUUUCGGCAGGACUCCAACGACGUUCGUUUCUCCUUCCUUCUCAAAUAAUCCGCAUUUUCUGCCUCAUGUCUUCUAAACAAGCCUCUAGGUCGAUGACAAUUCAAGUAAGCAGAUUUUGCUAAAAUCUUCGAGCCUGGAAAAAAUCCAAACUUUUUUGUAUCAGGAAUGAAACCGGUGAAGUCGCUUGUAAGGGUUGCUCUAAAACCGGUUCUUCACUUUAUUUAUUUCUUCACUUUGUGAAUCAAUGAAUGAAUCAAACCUUGAACUUUCUUCGGGGGUUUUUUGAAAAGUUUACGUAAUUGGAAAAAAACUUUCAAAAAUCCGCUGAAACGCCAAAAAUAUUGAAAAGGGUGUGUCGAAUUUUUUUUGCGUUUCGACCGAUUUCCUCAACUUUUGGUACGAAAUUGUAAAGAAAGAUAAAUUUAUAGAUUUUCCAUCGUUAAAAGUAAAUUCGAGCUCAAAGUCAUUCCGCGAAAUUCGAAAUAACAAAUAACCAUCAGAGAGUGAAUUUUUAAUUGUCUCUUCAAUUUCUGAGCUUUUUUAUUUGCUUCCAAGAUUCAAAAAACCAAUAAUAAUCUCAUAAGGAAGACCUCGGGAUCGGAAAUUUCCUGAACGUAGACCAGAACAUUCACUUCUGUACCAAAUGAAGGUCCUGGAAGUCUCAACCUGCACAUUGUUUAUGAGAAAGGCACUUCACAGUCAAAGACAACUCAAAAUUUUCAAUAAUUGGCGAUUUUUGAGCUUCGAGUCCCUUUUUCUCGAAAAUAAAAAGUUUUGUAUGCUGAGGCUCUCAGAUUGUUUUUUUUUUUUGAUACUUCAAGAUGUUCUCCGUCCUCCAGAAAAGGACCUUUCUUGUUUUGUUGUCUUUUCAGUUCAAUAUUUUCAAACGGAAAAACUUCGCGUUUUUUUUUUGCUUCCGGGUCUUUGAAAAUUUUUUUCUCGCUCGGUUUCCUCAUAAGCAAAGAACUAAGCUGUCACUGAAUGAUUCAUUUUUUGAACUCAGUUUCAUUAGGGGUUUAGCUAAUAAGAGGAAUAUUUUGAAUAUUUUUCAGAAUUUAUCCUAUUUCAGACCGAAAUUUCGGUUCGACAUGGCCACUUGGCACCUCCUAACUCGGUUCCUGACAGUCCACGACCUCAGAAAGAUUCUGUCGACUCCAAUUUGAACGGUUUUUUUUUUCAAAGAUUUCACACCGAUUGUCUCGCAAUUUUUGCUUAUGAAUAACUUGAACCUCAUUAAAAAUCUUUUUAUUCACGUUGUUGUGAAUGAUCCUUUCUUGAAACUAUGUUUUCGAAUCUGAAAAGUGUGAUCUACAAAUUCUUCAUUUUUCAGUUGACUCUUUGGCUACGAAUGGAAACAACGUCACAGUUAAAGUACCAGCAACGCGAAAAGGUAUUCGAACCACUUCCUAGUCGUUUUAAUUCUUCCAACUGAAAAAUGAUUUUCUAAUGGUUUCUCUUUCAGAAAAGAGUGUCGUCAGCCUGGAAUCGAUAGUCUUGGAAGAAAAACGGAAAUGA